UAUAGUAGCUUCGAUACAUUGCUGAGAUACAGAUAUAAUUAGAAAGAAGUCCAAGUGAUUCAAACAAAAGUGUUUCGAUAUUAAAAUCGGCCAUCUGUUUUAGAGAUUUAGCGUAUUUUUUAUUCGCUCGUUGAAAAAUUAACACAAAGAAAGAAGAGUUCUAUUUUUUGAAAAAUAAUAUUUAAUUAAUUAUUGCCAUUUUAAAGCUAAAAGAAAUUUGUUAACGGACCUUUUUAAAGAAGCCAUUAAAGAAAACAAGUGAUAAAAAUACAAGUUAAAAGAAACGUGCUGUGAUCAAUUGUAAACGUUAACAACAAAAACUUGUAAAAUUAAACACAAGUUUAAGCAAAUUAAAAAAAAAGAAAAUAAUUUAAUUACAAAAAAGACAGCAAAAAUUGUGAUAUUAUUUUGCCAAAACUAAAAAUCCUAACAAAAAAUUAAGAUUUUUGGCAAACAACAACUAAAACGUUUAGUUAUUUUUCGAAACUGCUAGAAGUUUCUGGAAAUAAAACAAAUUUGAAAACAGUGUCUAACAACACAAUUGUUUGAACAAAGCAACAAAAAACAACAACAAUAUGAAAAUGGAAAUUUUGGCAGUACAACAAUUAUACCAUCCAGCAGAUUUCAAUGGACUUGGGUCUAAUAAAAUAAAAGAUUGGACAUCACCUUUAACACCGCCACCAGAGGCCUCUACGAAGGCCACCACAAAUUUACCCUAUGCCCAAACAAAUACUACCAACAAAAUCAAAAACAGUAUUAACAAUCAGAAAAACAAACGUUUAUCGGAAAGCAGCAGUAAACGCAAUUCCCCAGCCGUAGCCACUAACCAGAAGCCCACGUUGAAUUCGCUCAGACAAGACAACAACAAUGUUUUCUAUUGUGAGGAUCUAGAUGCUGCCGCAGUUAAUGAUCUGUCUUUGCGUUUGUUGGACGAAUUAAGAUUAGCCAAGUCGCGUCAUUUGUCGUGUACAGAAGUGUCGUUGCCCUGUGAUCUAACGCCACGCAUAGCAGCCGAGAUUUUGCGUUUGAGUGAUCGUGAACCAUGUGGCCUGAGAGGCUGCACCAUCUACAUAGAAUUCGAAGAUGAACCCAACAACUCUAGACGCAUUGCCACGCUUAAGUUGGACUCGGAAACGGUGUCGACAUUUGAAAUCUACUUGACACUGCGUCAAGAUCAUCGCGGCUGGACCUCAUUACUGCCACAAUUCAUGAAGGGUUUGUCGCGCACGAUUACCAUAAGUCCCGAAUUUAUCAUCACUAAAAACAAGCUGUACUCUCCUUUGGCGAGUACAAGUUAUAGUUAUACCAGUUCUAAAGCCAUAUCAACACCCACCGCGUAAAUUUCUCAAUUAUGCCUGUCGUGUACUUAUGAAUAUGUCUUGAAGUGUUUCUUAUACACACCACCAACCAACCAAACACCCACCCACCCAAUCUGUUGUUGUUUUUUUGGUGGUUUGUUUUUAACCACCAAUCUUACUUUCUAUCUCCCCCCAUCCGAAGCUCCUCAUUAAGAUCAAAAAUCUCAGCAAAUAAUUUGGAAUUUCUGAGUUGUAUGGCUUCAGACAUAUUUCCUUUUGUCGUGUAUAUCUCGUAUCAUUUCCUUAAUAAGAAAUUCUGUUCUGAAUUGAAUUUAAACUUAAGUCGAAUAUUUUGUUUUUAUAAUGAUCACACUGAUCAUCAUGAUUGCUAUACCCAAGAGUAUAACAAUUAGUUUUUUCUUCUUGUAAAUGACCCGUCGAGUUAGAAUUAAAACGUUCGAUCCUCCACAAUAUGAUCGUCCAUUAUUCUUCACUUAUUAUAUAUUGUUUUAACUCAAGGCCAAUUUAUAUCGUAUAAAACUCAUGAAAAUAAGAAUGUGAUAACUUAUUAAGAUGCUAAGUUUUUUUUUUAAUUUUAAUUUUAUCUAACUAUAUAUUUAUAAAAUAAUCAUUAUAAUAUUAUAUGUAUAUCAUAAUUAUAAGUCUUUGAUCUUGAACGAUUUAAAGAUGAAGCAAAGAAAUGUGUUAAUUAAUUUAAAAAUUAAAACCUACAACAACAUCAAAAGAAUAUUUAUGUGAAAAGUAUUGAACACUAUGUGUCCAACUACAAUUCCAAGCAAAGAAUUUUUAAAAUUUUUUGUAAUUUUAUUAUUUUUUUAUUUAAGAAAUAAUCAUCUAUCUACAUAUUUGUAUGUAUUUUUUUGUCCAAAUAAUUUGUGAAAGAAAAUCGAAAACAAAACUGCGAUAUCCUGCAUGCAGAUUGUGUGCAUUUAGUUUGUAAAUUGAAAUUGAAACUUAACGAAAAA